AUUAAUUCUGAAGAAUUAGUUAUUCAGAUAAAGAUUAAUAUUUAUGAAGAAUCACUAUAUAACUUUAGGUUUGGAAAGAAAUGCUCAAUAACAUUAAAUAAAGGAAGCUUAUCAUAAAUUAGCUUUAAAAUGGCAUCCAGUAUAAUAUUUAAUUAAUCUAUUAUUAGGAUAAGAAUGUUAGUUGUAGAGCUCAUGCAAUAAGUUAAUUUAGAGAAAUAAAUGAGGCCUAUAAUACAUUAUCUUAAUUAGAAAGUAAAAGAAAGUAUGAUAAUAAAUUGGAAAAGCAUGACAAUUUCCAACAACUAAAUUUCUUUCUGGAAUAAAUUGAAGAAAUGAAUGAAGAAUUUACAUUUAUAAGUAAAGAUGAUUAAGAUACUUUAAAUAAAUUCAUGAAUAGGAUUGAUAAAUAAAGUAAAAGAAUAAGGAAGAACAGAUGA